AUGCCACAGAGCACGCGUGUCCGGGCUGAAUCCCCACCGCCGACCGCCGCCCCCGCCGUCGACGCUACCGGCACAGCCACUGAUGGGCGGCGUGACCAAGAGGCGCAAAACGUGGAUGACGGGUACUAUCCACUCUGGUACAACAGAAACGCCCACAAGCACAACGACUUCAUGCUAAAGCGGACGUGGAAGCAGAUCCGCUCAGCGCUGAUCUACUGCACCAUGAAAAACGCCAAGGAUAUGCAGAUGCUUCUCAUAAUUCUACAGAAAUCAGAGGAAAUUGAAAUCAACUUUGACAUGUCCCGACUUCUGCUUGAGGGCACGAGCGUGGCCGACUUUGUCACGUCGAUGCCGCGGCACGGGCGCAGCUACAGCCUCAUCCGCUACGAGGAGACGAUCCGGUACGCAGAGUUCCCGGCGCUGAACCUGAGCAUGCAGCCGCGAGCCCCAUCCGCACAGAACCCGCAGCGCUCGCAUCUGCAGCGCGCGCACACCGAGGUCCUGGACAUGCUCGAUUGGCUCGCCGAUCAUGGCGUGCGGCGCAUCAUCACGCUGCGCGUGCCAGACCGCAUGGCGCACCCGCACGACGAGCUUAAGAUUGCCGAGGUGGUCAGGCGCUUCCGUGUCGAAGAGCUUGACUGGCGCAUCCUCGACCUCUCGCUCAACAUAUUCCGGCCCCACGGCGACCCGGACGCCAUUCCAUUUGUUUGCACCGUCGAUAACGACAGGACCAAAGACAACAGCCCCGACAACACCGGUAAGUCUGGGAAACCCGGCAAGACUGACAGGGGCAGGGACGAAAUGAAUGAAAAGAACAAAAAUACACCCGAGGACAAAAUCGUGCAAGAGACGUACCUCAGGCGGCUGCACCUCUACACGGGCGGGCGGCGAUCGGCGCUGGAUCACUGGUUUAGCACCGAGGGCCUCGAGUCGAUGAAACUGGACUACGUCUGCAUCCAUGUGAUCAAGGAACUCAUGACCAAGGAACAAAGCGACGCGACCCUCCUACACAUAAACACCAAGAUUCACGCGUUGAAGAAACGGAAAAGGUCCAUGGAAGUCGACGUGCAGCCGCAGUACUGGACCGCCCAGACCGAGACUCCACGCCUGCAAGAGAUCGUCCACCACCUGUCGCCACGACUCGCCCAGUUCAUUACAUACUACCGCAAAAGAGCAUCUACAUGCCACAGGGAUGAGACAGGCUUCCGGCCGACGAAAGUAGCCAUCAUAGACAACGGCAUCCUCAGUAUGGACCCGCCGAGCGCACCACGGGGAGCCGGCCCUGCCCGCCCUGACGAUGCGCCAGACGUCCACGAUAGUAGCGGUAAUUACAAUGAUAGCAGCGAGCGGCAUCUGCACAGCCAGGACUUCUUCACGGCCAACAAUCUGUGGGCGCGCAUCUGCGACGGCAAGUCGUUUGUGCACGAGUGGGACCGUGUGAGCCCGUGGUACCUGGCAUCGAACCCGCACGGCACGCAAAUGGCGAACCUAUUGUGUGCCAUCGACCCGCUAUGCCAGCUUUUUAUAGCCAAGAUAGCCGACAGCCACUACGGCUACUCGACUGCGAGGGCGGCGGAGGCGGUGGCCUGGGCCAUCGACAAGGGGGUGGAUAUCAUCUCAAUGAGCUUCACGACGACCGAGAAGGACGAUGUGUUCAUCGGCGCCGUGCGGAAGGCCAUGGAGGCGGGCAUCCUCGUCGUCUGUAGCCACCACGACGAGGGCGCACGUAUCGGCACCGAGGUCUACCCGGCCUGCCUCGGCAAGGAAGCUGGCAGCAGGAUGCUGCGCAUGGCCAGCUGCAACAUGUAUGGAAAGCUGCAGCCCGACUGGGACGAUAAGACCACCGUGGACGCCAAUAAGAAGUCUAACCAGUACGACUUCUGCAUCAACAGCCAGGACGUCGCGGUCGGCGCCAUCCCCUUCCUCGCCGCCUCCACCGAGCGCAUCAGCGGCAGCUCAGUCGCCACCGCCAUCGCCGCAGGCGCCUGCAGCUUGCUCAUCGCCUGCCUGCGCAGUCUCCGCUCCGUAUCCACCAAGCAGGACGCCCAGGGAAAGAUGCCUAGCAGCCAGGGCAUGGUACAGAUACGCAACAACGUCAUCCGCGCUCUCGGCACCAACAACCGGCCCUCCUACACUGACAUCAAAACCUAUUUGAAAACUAUGGCCCCUUCCCAAACCAAUCCGUAUUUCAUCUCCCUCGACCGCUUCGCCCAACUCGACGAGCUCCGCGACGUCAGCACGGACAAGCUGUCGAAAAAGUUUCACUCCUUGGGCACUUACUUCCCAGGGUUUCCAAGGGAGUGA